AUGCCACCUAAAGGAUCCAAAAAGAAAAAGGCGGUUGUCAAUGCCACGGUUGAAGGACAAGAGGUUGAACAGGGUCCGAGCUCCGUGGCAGAAAACAAGCCACCUCAGGCUCCUGAAGCAGACCACAAUGGCCGUCCUAUCCGAAGCACCCGUGGUCUUGGUGGAGUAAAUGCUCGGCAGGAGAAAACAUCUAACAUCAUUUUUAUUGACUUCGAGAAGGCUGGGAAGAGGAAGUCAAGGGCCGCCAAUGUGGAUACUAGCGCCAUGCCUGAAAAUGAGAUGGCGCCUCCCUUGAAGAAACCUCGCAAUGGGGUUACCGUUGUGUCGCAUGUAGGUCCCCCUAUUCAAAUGCAACCAAGGCCAACGCCUUCAGUUGCUCCUUGGGAUGUCCAACAAGUCCAACCAAGCCCACGACAAUCUCAGGGUGCCCCCCCUCCUGUCCAGAUCCAACGUGCAGCUCAGAGAAAUCAGGAGCACUCAGAGCUUGAUCAUGCUGUCCAAAGACCCACUGCCCCCAUCCAGCGCCCCGCUGCUCCGGUACAACAGCCAGCACAUCCUGUCCCGCGCCCCGUACAACAUGCAGCACAUCCUGUCCCGCGCCCUGUACAACACGCAGCAAAUCCUGUUCAGCGUUACGCUGCCCCUGCGGCAGAGAAUUCUGUCCAAUACUACGAUGCGAGGCUAGCAUCAGCCAUCAAGACGAGGAGGAAGCAGGAGGAAGAUGAGGAGGAGGAGGAAGAGGGGGAUAGUGACGGUGAAAGGCGAUCUGAGGAAGCAUCAGGGGACAAAUGCAUGCAAGGAAUUGAUGAAGAGAAUAUUGGGGAUGAAGAAGCUCUCCAAUAUGUCGACGGUGAUGAAGGUUACGACGACGCGGGUCAAGAUGAUGAAGAGCCUGCUGCCCAGCUGGUUGAUGAAGUUUCCGAUGAUGAAGAGGAGAGGAGAGCAAGGGCAUUGCUCCGCCAGCCUUCCCCCCAUGUUGUGGAAGUAGAGGAUGUUCUUCAAGAACACCGUCGUCGUAAUCGGGCGAACAAGCCACCUCGCCCUGAGGCAUUGCGCAAGGCGGCUGUUUCGCAAGGAGCCGUAUCCCAAGGUUUGACAAGGGAGAACAACGAAGCAUCUGACGAUGAUGAGGUGCUUGGUGAGGCACACAUCGCUCAUAAGAAGUCCAGUACUUCUUCUGCUAGGGAAGUAUCCAAGCAUUCAGUUGCAUCCUUUACUGGUUACUGGAAAGAUGUGCUCAAAAUUGCAUGCAAACUGAUGUGCCUGUAUGUAGUAGAGGAGGUCCCCUUUCCCACUCGGGAAAAUCACUUAUUAGUCGCCGAUGGAUGUGUGAAGAUGGCAGUAACCGUGUUUGAAAGAAUGAACACGGAUAAAGUGUUGCCUGAUAAGAAAAAAACGCUCCUAGACAGGAAUACCGCCGUAACGGCAUUUGUCUACGCGUCAACCUUCCGGGGAAGACUGAAGACGAUGAUCAGACCCCUGGUCAAAAAUGCGUAUGGCCUCGAAGUCCCGUCGGAGGUCAUCGCCACGAACCCCAAUAUGUUUGAAAAUCAGAUGGGGGAGAUCGAAUACAUCAAGGACAGGGUAGCAUAUUGGCUACUCAAUGGUAAAUACCACCGGGGUGUUGCCAAAACCCGAUAUCACGAUGUCCCAUUUGGACAUCCUUUUGUGAAGAAGAUCUGUCUGGACUUCUUCUACCAUCCUACAAAAGGGGUUGCAGUCCCCAUCAAAGGUCUGGAGACAAAGACGGAUUUCUUCAAGACAUCGCUUCCCCACAAAGCAUUUGCGCUUGUGGCCAGUUGUAUCCACAACUGUCUUGAGGAGUGGAGGGAUGGGAUUGACCCUGCAAGAGGUGGUCCGUGUUCGGGUAUUGAAUUCAAGGGAGAGGAGUACUCCCUGAGGUAUGAUGCCUGCAUGUUGGUUGCAGCAGAGGCAGAGAAGGAUACCUUGAACCAAGGUCCUCGCUUGGCUCGCUUAUGUAGGGAAGUGGCUGAGGAAGGAUGUGCUAUUAUGAGGCCUACGAAGAACCCCCCCAACCCUUAUAGGAUGACUCUCCAUUCUAUCCCACAGGAGGAACUAGAUUACGGUCCAGAAGGGUAG